ACCUGUAGGCGCCUGUGACCCAGAAAUUAUCUCCGGGUCAAACUUGCUGAUUUCCCUGGCGGUCUGCCUUCAAUGAAGACUUGCUGAUAUUUGAAGACUGAUUGCAUUUUCGCUUUGCAGAAGGAGAAGUUAAAUAACAGAGGAGUUACUGUGCAAGUUUUUAAAGCGAGGCACAGAAAAACGUCGCCAUGUCUGAGGAGGGACUUCAGUCAGCAGCCGCCCACAACAUAAGUGUGGGCGCACCGGAGAAGAACAUUCUUGGCAAAACACCCAUACAAAUACUACAUGAAUAUGGCACCAAAAUAGGCGACCCCCCAGUGUAUGUGAUGGAGAAAGCUGAAGGAGAGUCCCAUCAGCCCAGCUUUGUUUUCAGUGUCCGCAUCGGAGAUGUGAGCUGCACAGGUCAAGGUUCUAGUAAAAAGGCAGCGAAACACCAGGCUGCGGAAGCUGCUCUAAACAUCCUGCAAAAAGACAUAGGAACACUAAAGAUUCCUGUAAAGUCUGAAAAUAAUGGCAUGGAAGCAGAAACCAACAAUCAUCCAAACUCUGUGGGACUGCUGCAGGAGCUGGCCCUGCAGAGAGGAUGGAGACUUCCAGAAUACACCGUUCUGUCAGAGUCUGGUCCACCACAUAAGAGAGAGUUCACUGUGACAUGUCGUUUAGAGUCCCUGACAGAGAAGGCUAUAGGAAGUACAAAGAAGAGAGCAAAGAAGAUGGCUGCAGAGAAAAUGAUAGCAACUCUACAGAGUCUGUCUGGAUGCUCAGAGAUCACAUGGAUGCCUAAACCCAGUGUGCGUUUUGAGAACAUAAAGAACUCGUCAGCGGAGAAGAUAUGUUUACUGAGAAGGAACCCUCUGAGUAUUCCAAACACUGACUACAUACAGAUGAUGUUGGAUCUGUCCAAGGAGCAGGGCUUCGAGGUCACGUACUUUGACAUUGAUGAGCUGACCGUAAACGGUCAGUACCAGUGUCUGGCAGAACUGUCCACCUCCCCGGUCACUGUGUGUCAUGGCACGGGCAUUUCCUGCAGCAACGCUCACAACGACGCAGCCCACAGCGCCCUGCAGUACAUCAAGAUCCUGGCCUCCAUCAAGUAAAACACCAUCACUAUCACCACAUCCAAUAGACACAACACUGACUCCAUCAUAUGUCCCUGUUGUCCAGUCGCAUGACCCGUACAUCCUGUCACAUCCAUACAGAAGGUAUCAUUAAAACAGAGACACAGCACUGACCCCUCCCCCAGCCUUUGACUUGUCAUACAAUGACAGCAACACAUUCAGACAGCUCAUCAAAUUCAAACAUUACAUUAUUAUUAUUAUUAUUAUUAUUAUUAUUAUUAUUAUUAUUAUUAUUAUUAUUAUUUCUGGUGUGAUCAUUUUACUGCUUGUUCUGAGGUUCCACUUUGCACCUUCAAAGACUAUACAGAUGAGGUGAGUGAGGAAGAGUUCUUAGAUCUGGUCUGACCAAGUGUUUUAAUUGAGUUGUAAAUACUAUCUAUAAUAAUGUUACACUUAAAGUGGCAAAAACAAACCGUUGUCUUGCUUACACUUAUAUUAACUGACAAUCGUGACUUGUUUUUAAAAGUUUUCUUUUUACCCAUUGUUUUAUAUAACUUCAAUUAUUUUUCACUCAGUUUUUAAAAUGUCAUAAAUCUUAGCCCAGCUGGCUUGGUUAAUAUCACAUCCAUGUGUCUCAUCAAUGAGGUUCUAAAGAGAUUUACUUGCUGACAAACAAGCAAUAAAAUCAAACAAGGUGAGUCCUUGCACCUGAUUGGAUAAAAUAAAGAGUUCUAGUUACCCCUAGACUUCUGUGGAUGUAAAUAAUUUUAUUGAGUGAAGUAGGUCAAUAAAAGGUUAGGUUGGUCUUAUAUUUUGUAAAUAGUUUAACUCAUUAUACUGAAUUAGAAUACCUUUUCUGCACCUUUCUCUGUAUGUAGUAAAAAUGGCAGGAAGCAUAAAUGGUCAAAUUUGUGAGAUUUGAAAAUUUGAAUGGCCUCUGAAAGGCUUUUAGUCGUUAUCUCACUGUCUAUGUUUUUCAUGGGAAAAUCUUAUUUCCCUCAUCUUAUAUCUUAAGUCCUAUUUUUGUCUUAUUUCUGAAGAAGGACGUGUCGUUUUCACACAGUUGGUCGGCAGCCUGAAGAAAGAGGCUCAAUUCAGAAUGUCUACCGUGCUGUGAUUGCUCAGCCUCUGUGGUCGAGGUUUGUUAUUGGUCACUAGUGUAUUACUUACUCAUUCAAAAUCAGAUCCAAACCGGCUAUAAAAUGACUUGUGUCCAUAGAAUUGUACAUAAGAAUUUAGUUUUGGAAGUGAAGUUGGUGAAGUAAACAGGAAGUAGCUCCACUGGUAGAGAUGACCUUUACAGACGUAAGGUCAGCCCCUCGCCCUUCUGGUCUGGUCUCCUCUUGCUUUUCCACCCGUAUCAGCAGCAACCGUCUGGUUUCACUUCACGUCUUUUAACAUUUUUUAUUCCAACUCUCAGAACAGGACUUCCAUUUGUUUUUGUCAUUUGGCUUCAUUUAUUUCUUUUUUCAUUUGUGGUUUAUAUGUGUGUGAUAUUAACCUGAAAUGAAGCUUUAAAACUUCAAACUUUGUGCACGGUGAAUAAUUAACUAAUUAUUUUGUUCAGUUUACGCACCUUAUAAUUGAUCAACUUGUUUAAUUUAAUAAUAUUUUUGAUCUCUUUAGCAGGAGAAAUUGUACAAAAUAAUUAGUUACUAUUACAGAUAUGGGACCUUUUUUUGUUUUUCUGUAUUUUUUUUAUCUUAAUUUAUUGCAUUUUGUUUGUUUUGAAUCAGGCUGAAGCACCUUUGAGAUUUUACACUUUAAAAUUGGAAACUUAUUUUCUUUUGCUGAUAUUUGUCACAACAAUGUCAUAAAAUAAAGUCUCCAUGUGGACAUAAUCUCACAUGUCUCUGACAUAAACAACAGAUUCCUCUGUUUGAUUUACACUUUUAUUAGAACAAGCACUAUGUAGCAGCAGUGUACAGUGUUCAUGGAAAGAUAUGUACUUUGUUUAAAUUGCACUUUAGAAGUUUGGAGGAAAAAAAAACAGAUUUUUGAAGAAUACUGAGCAGCGUGAUGCACGUCAGUCCCAAACAUGACAGUCCAAUGGGGA